AUGCUGUUGGAGUCAUUACUCGAGUCGUUUUCACACAUGUACAGUAUUUCAAAUUGCUCUUCAAGUGUGGCUGCACCGUGGAGUGCUUACCUGAUAUCCUCCUUAUACACUCUUCUAUUGUGGUUCUUCUUCCUCAACUUCCUCGUGAACAUGCAACUCACCGAAUUUGACUGUCGUAUGGCACGUGAAGUAGCCGGUGCCCUAGACGGCCAAGAUGUUGGUCCUGUUAAUUAA